UCCUUACACAAGGGGAAUGGCUGAAUUUGUAAAGUGUUUGUUUGGAGGUUUAUCAUCAUUCUAUGAAAAAUCAAAGCCAAUAUUGGCCAUGAUAUUUGUUCAGAUUUGCUGUGCAGGGAUGAAUAUACUAUCAAAACUGGCACUGGAUCAGGGAAUGUCUCACUUUGUAUUAGUAUUUUACAGACAUUUAUUUGCUACAAUUGUUACAGCUCCUUUGGCUUAUAUCUUAGAAAGGAACACAAGGCCAAAGCUGACUAUGAGGAUCUUUAGUGAAAUUUUCAUCAGCAGUUUGUUAGGGAUCCAAUUGAGUCAGAAUUUCUACUACGAAGGAUUGAAAUACACAACAGCUACAGUUUCAACUGCACUUAUCAACUUAGUACCUGCCAUGACUUUUAUAAUGGCUAUUGUAUUUAGGAUGGAAAGUUUAAACAUUAGGAGUCUGACUGGUCAAGCAAAGAUAGUUGGAACCCUAAUUGGUGUGAGCGGAGCCAUGACAAUGACAUUGUACAAAGGGAUAAAAAUACAGCUGUGGUCAUCUCCUUUUCAUUUGAGUCACUACAAUGGAAGCAAUAAUAAAAAUGAAGAUUUGACCAGAGGUUCUUUGAUGGUGGUGAUCGGUUGUAUCGCCUUUGCAGGAUGGUUCAUUUUGCAGACAAGCAUUUGUAAGAAAUAUCCAGUUCAGUACUCAAACAAUGCCAUAACCUGUUUUUUGGCCACCAUACAAUCUGCUGUUAUAACGCUAAUUUUCGAACGAGAUCGUUAUGGGGUGUGGGCUCUUGGAUGGAAUGUCAAGCUUUUAACUGCAGUCUAUUCUGGAGUUGUAGCUUCGGGGAUGGCUUUUUGGUUGUUGACAUGGUGCAUAACCAAAAAGGGUCCUGUAUUCACCACAAUGUUUGGUCCACUUUUAUUAAUAAUAGUAGCUAUAAUGGGCUCUAUAUUUCUUGAAGAGAAGUUUUAUUUAGGAAGUGUCAUCGGUGCACUUCUAAUUGUUAUAGGUCUAUAUAUUAUGCUUUGGAGUAAAAGAAAAGAUGUGGAAAAGAUUGUAAAGAUACCUAGUACACUUUCUGGAAUAUGUAACAAUAAGGAAUCAGGCAAGGUGGAACAAAAAGAAGAAUCGAUUAACAUAUAAUAAAAAGAGUAGUCAAUUUGUGGCAAUGUCAAUAUAAUAUUAAAUUUCUUUUAAUU